AUGACUUCGAAUUUCAUGAUUUUGGUGAUUUUAGGAACUUUAAUGUACACAACUUCUGCUCGAGAGCUUAUCGGGUUAGGUUUUCCCGAUAAUAAUGUUCCACAAGUUACAGGCUCAUUUGGAGGCGGAGGUGGUAGUGGAGGACAUGUUGGUCCAGAUGGUAUAGACUUUGGAGCAGGUAUCGGUGUUGGAGGUGCAGUAAGUGUGCCCGGUGUUGGGUCAAUUGGCGGUGGUGGAGGUGGCGGAAUAGGUGGAAGCAUUGGCAGAGAUGGAUCGGUCUCUAUGGGAGGUGGCGGCGGGAUGGGCAUCGGUGGUCAAAUCGGUAAUGUAGGCUUUGGAGUGUCAACACAAUAUUCAAAGGCAUUCAUUUUCCUCAUUGUUGUGGGGUUACUUGCACGUGACACAUCAGCGAGAAAACUCCUGGGAGAUGCAGUAGCUACAAUCUUUGAGAUCCCUGCUGGAGUAAAUGGUGUAGGAUUUGGUCAAAUUAUUGGAGGAGCUGGCGGCAGCAGUGGCAGCGGCGGUGGAGGAGGUGGUGGUGGUGGUUUUAGUGGCGGAUAUGGUUCCGGAUUUGGAUUUGGCUUUGGUACAGGCCAAGGAUCGGGUUUAGGCGGUAGCGGCGGCAGCAGCGGCGGUGGAGGUGGCGGUGGUGGAGGCGGCGGAGAGAAUGGUGGUAGUGGUUAUGGAUUUGGGAUCGGGGUUCCCAAUAGUAAUGUUCCACAAGUUACGGGCGGAUUAGGGGUUCCCAAUAAUAAUGUUCCACAAGUUACGGGGGGAUUAGGGGUUCCCGAUAAUAAUGUUCCACAAGUUACAGGCAGAUUAGGGGUUCCCGAUAAUAAUGUUCCACAAGUUACGGGCUCAUUUGGAGGCGGAGGGGGUAGUGGAGGACAUGCUGGUCCUGAUGGUAUAGACUUUGGAGCAGGUAUUGGUGUUGGAGGUUCAAUAAGUGUACCCGGUGUUGGGUCAAUUGGCGGUGGUGGAGGCGGCGGAAUAGGUGGAAGUAUCGGCAGAGAUGGAUCGGUCUCUAUGGGAGGUGGCGGCGGUGUAGGCGUCGGUGGUCAAAUCGUGUCAACACAAUAUUCAAAGGCAUUCAUUUUUCUCAUUAUUGUGGGAUUACUUGCACGUGACACGUCAGCAAGAAAACUCUUAGGAGAUGCAGUAGCUACAAUCUUUGAUAUCCCUGCUGGAGCAAAUGGUGUAGGAUUUGGUCAAAUUAUUGGAGGAGCUGGCGGCAGCAGUGGCGGCGGCGGGGGCGGGGGCGGAGGCGGUGGAGGAGGAGUUGGUGGUUUUAGUGGCGGAUAUGGUUCCGGAUUUGGAUUUGGCUUCGGUAGCGGCCAAGGAUCGGGUUUAGGCGGUAGCGGCGGUGGUGGCGGUGGUGGUGGAGGUGGCGGCGGUGGAGGCAGCGGAGAGGAUGGUGGUAGUGGUUAUGGAUUUGGUAUCGGAGAAGGUUUCGGUGGUGGUGGCAUCUAAUUCAAAUUUGCCACAUUGAAAUAAUUUGUAGUAGGCCGAGGAAUUAAUUUUAUGUUUUAAUAAGCUUAAUAUAAGAGAAUAUUUCACUAUGUUAAAGUCAGUUACUGUUACAUCUAAUAACGAAAGUUAGUGAAGAAUAAAUGCA